GGGCCGCGCCGCCUCAGAGCCGGGGCUAUGGCGGGUUUCGUGAGGGAGCUGGAGCGGCGGGACGGGCCGGCGCUGCGGCUGGAGCAGCGGGCAGCCGGCGGCGUGGGCUGCGUGGUGUGGGACGCCGCGCUGGUGCUCGCCAAGUUCCUGGAGACCGGCGCCUGCCCCCUCGCCCGCCGCCACGUCCUGGAGUUGGGUGCGGGCACCGGCGCCGUCGGCAUCAUGGCAGCCACGCUGGGGGCGAACGUGACGGUCACGGACCUGGAGGAGCUGCAGGAGCUGUUGAUGGUUAAUAUUGAGAACAACAAGCACCUGGUCACAGGGUCCGUCCGAGCCAAGGUACUGAAAUGGGGUGAAGAUGUAACGGAAUUUCAGCCUCCCCCUGAUUAUAUACUCAUGGCUGAUUGCAUUUACUAUGAGGAGUCCUUGGAACCGUUGCUGAAGACCCUGAAGGACCUGACUGGCCCUGACACUUGUGUCCUGUGCUGCUAUGAACAGAGGACUAUGGGGAAGAACCCUGAAAUUGAGAAAAAAUACUUUGAACUGCUUCAGAGGGACUUCGAGCUGGAAAAAAUUCCCCUGGAUAGGCACGACGAGGAGUAUCGGAGCGAAGACAUCCACAUCGUGAACAUCCACAGGAAGCAGGUGGUAGGUCCACAGAAUCCCAGAAUGCUUUGGGUUAUUGGGAAGGGACCUUAAAGCUCAUCUUGUUCCACCCCCUGCCACGGGCAGGGACACCUUCCCCUGGAAUGGUUCAUGGCACCAGUGCAGCAACUGCUGCCAGGAAUUCCCAGAGCUGCUGUUUCCUUGGCACAGCGUGAGCGUUCCAGAGGUGGAGCUCCAGACUGACUCUGAAAUGCUGUUAGGGGGACCCUGUGGAACCACAGCCCCCAUCCCUGCUGUGCAGAGGAGCUGCUUUGUUCCCAAACAGGGUGCUCCAGGUGUCAGCCUUCUUCUUCAGCAUCUCCUUUGAGCUUCACACUUCUCUUGCUUCCAUGCUCUGGUGGGGUGAGAUCUCCAAACUGGAGUUGGGGGGCACCAAAGUAAUAAAAGUAAAAUGCCCAGUGCUGCUUUUGGCACUGUGGGCUGUGCCACCCUCUCCCCAAAACCAGGCUCUAGAUGUGAUGCUCAGCCAGGAUUGCUUUGAUCAUUUCUGGGUUAAUUGAUGCAGCGUGAAGAAAAUACUUUGCAUAUUGUGCUGACAUAACGUGCAGGCUCAGCUCUUGAACAAAACCAGGCCACUUAAAAAUCUGUCAUCUUUGUGAAAAUCUCUUGACAGAGUUUCCCAUCGUGAGGUCUCUGACCACAGGAUCUGUCCCCUGGCGGAGCUCUGGAGGAGGUGGAGAGGGGAUGGGGUAACACCACAGAGGGACUGUCUGCAGUGUGGUUGUGACUCAUCUGCACCAAGCAGCUUCUCGCUGGCGGACUUGGCACGGGGCUCGGCAGCCGAGGUCUCGGACAGCGCCUUCCGGCAGGACAGCUGUGGGCUGGCCGUGUCUGCGGGCGCGGGGAGGUGGGGAAUGGAGCCGAAGCGAUUCCCGGAGCAGCGCGGGAGGCGUGUGCCGGUGCCUCUGCUGGGCAGCUGCUGUGGGAGCGGCGCUGCCGAGCGCUCACCGAGCCCAUCUGCGGGCACCGCACCGAAACCUCCGCGAGGGGAAAACCGGGAGCUGCUCGACCGGCCGGUCAAUAAAACUUGGGCACGGGA